UUAGUUUGUAAAACUUGGUUGGUUUUUGACAACAUACCAAUGAAAAACUUAUGGAUGGAAGUGGAAGUAGUAUUUAUAGGUUUGAUUUUUCAAAAAUGUUAUCCAAUGAGAUCUAAAUAAACUAUAUUCGAGUUCCACUUGUAUUUCAAUUGAUAUUAAGUUCAUCCAACACGAGUUUUAACAAUAGCACCAAAACUACAUUAGCAAAAGAUACUUGGAAAAUCUAAAUAGAAAAAUAGAAAGGGGGUAAUAAUAAAAUUAUAAUAACAAAAAAAGAAAUAAUAAUAAUAGUUUAAAAUAUUUUUAAAUCACAUAUUCGUUUUAAAAAAAAAAAAAACAAAAAACAAAAAACGAGGAGGUCGGACCACAUCGGCUGGCCCAUACUAAAAACCCAAACCAGCCCAAUAAAAAAAAAGAGUGAGUAGGCCCAAACUAAAUAAACUGGAGCGUUCAGAACUCCAACCUGUCCUCGAAGUACCUAUUCAGGCUCCUAACGGCUACAAAAUUCCAAAUUACAAUCAGAUGGAAAUCUGGCCGUUGGAUACGAUGUCCAUCCAACGAUCAUCAAUUCACAGAAAUUAGACCGUUGGGAAGGGCAUCGGCUCCGCUCGCAGCUUUAAAGAAGAAACAACAAAGCCAUAGAGAGAGUAAUCGAUCCAGAAACGCAGAGAAAAACAGAACAGUUCUCAGAGCAAAACAAAACGAAAACGAUCGUGAAAAGAAAGAAAAAAGAAGGAGAAGAAGAAGAGUGUAUGUGAUCUACGAAGUGGCGACAAGAAACACUGAAGGAGAGACGCUCAACAGUCGUCUCCAACUUUUUCUUUUCUCUCUGUUUCCAAGUCUUGAAGGAGUUUUCGGCAGUAAGGAAGAAUUAAUGGCGACUCGAGCUGUUGUUCCUCAGCGACAACUACGAAUCAGAGAUGAAGGUAAGCCGAAGGUGGUAGCGGCUGAAGGAAGAACAAGACGAAUUCUUAAAGAUAUAGGCAACCUAGUGCCUGAUCGCGCUGUAGAAGGGAAGCCCGGACCUCAACCAACAGAGAAGAAUAAGGUAACUUUAGUAAUGUCUGUCACAUUAUUCUGUGUUCAAGGAAAAAAUAAAAACAAAAGAACAAUUCGGUUAAAAUCCUCGAGAAAACUUCAUUUGCAGAGAGUAAUCCCACAAAAGGUGAAUGUGGGAGUAGGAAAGGGGGGCAAUGUAACGAAGGCUGCAGUAACGGAGCAACCGAAGAUUGUACUAAGCUCCGUUGACGAGAGACAUAUAAUCAACAUCAAAGAUACUAAAUCAAGGGACAAGAAUAAGAGAUCUCUGAGUUCAACCCUUACUGCCAGAAGCAAGGAUGAGAUCAAAGUAUCAGAUUACAUGGGAGCACAGCCAGAUUUGAAUGCUAAGAUGAGAUCCAUUCUCAUUGAUUGGUUGAUAGAAGUUCAUCGCAAGUUCGAACUGAUGCCAGAAACCCUUUAUCUUGCUGUAAACAUCGUCGACCGAUUCCUUUCCUUGAAGACUGUACCAAGGAAGGAACUUCAAUUGGUAGGUAUCAGCUCUAUGCUGAUAGCAUGCAAAUAUGAAGAGAUUUGGGCCCCAGAGGUCAAUGACUUUGUAAGUAUAUCUGCAAAUACUUAUCAAAGAGAACAGAUUUUGGUGAUGGAGAAAGUUAUCUUGGGUAGGCUGGAAUGGCUUCUAACAGUUCCUACACCUUAUGUUUUUCUUGUUCGAUAUGUCAAGGCUUCUGAGCCAUCGGAUGAUGAGAUGGAGAAUAUGGUCUUUUUUCUGGCCGAGCUUGGUCUGAUGAACUAUCCAAUAGCAAUAUCAUACAGCCCUUCAAUGAUAGCUUCAGCGGCUGUUUAUGCCGCACGAUGCACACUUGAAAAGAGCCCUAUCUGGACAGCAACUUUGCAUCACCAUACAGGCUAUGUUGAAGAAGAGUUGAAGGAAUGUGCAGAACUCCUUGUGAACUUGCACCGUGGAGCUCUAGAUUCCAAACUAAAGGCUGUAUAUAGAAAAUAUACAAGUCCUGAUCGGCGUGCCGUUUCUCUUCUACCUCCAGCUAAAAGUUUAACUCCUGAUUGUAGUCCAGAAGUAUGAAGAAGUGUAGUGUAGUUUGGGGUUCUUUUUCUAUUCUUUUGUAUGGGAGAUCAUUUUGCUGUUAAUGAUCUCUUUUGGCUAUAGCUCUCUGUUGUCUUAUUAGAGCUUCUUAAUUUUUUUUUUACUCUAUAUCCUCGAACAUUUUCUUACAUUUUAUGUGAAGAAGAGAUCAGGAUUUCACUAAAUAUAUUAUUUUGUCCUUUGGAUGUUGUUCAUACUUAAAUACUCCAAAUUUAUUCAAAAUGUAACAUUGAGAGAGAAAGGGAGAAGCUUUGAACCUUCUUCAAAACAAAGAUUGGUUUGGUUUGGGUUCUCUCCUCUCUUUCCCCUCCCCUUUGUGGCCCUUAAAAUGUAUGGAUAACAAUAAACUUUUGGAUGUUGUUCAUACAUUUUAAGAAGAGAUCAGGAUUUCACUAAAUAUAUUUUGUUCUUUUGGAUGUUGUUCAUACUUAAAUACUCCUCCAAAUUUAUUCAAAAUGUAACAUUGAGAGAGAAAGAGAGAAGUUUUGAACCUUCUUCAAAACAAAGAUUGGUUUGGUUUUUGGGUUCUCUCCUCUCUUUCCCCCCCUCCCCUUUGUGGCCCUUAAAAUGUAUGGAUAACAAUAAACUUUUGACUCAGAAAAGAAAAAAAUGCAUUGAGAGAAAAGAAAUUCUCUUACUAAUGAACGAGAGAACCC